UUUUUUUGUCCCCAGCAUUUUAUUUUUUACUCAGUAACGGUGAGAUUUCAAUGUAGUGAAGUAAAAUACUUUAGUCAAAAUGUACUUAAGUAAAAGAAAAAUGACUUAUUUUAAAAACUACUUAAAAAAUUACAAAUUACUAAUAAAAUCUACUCAAUUAAAAUAAUGUGAGUAAAUGUAAUUAGUUACUUUCCACCUCUGGGCGAGGGGUAUCAGUGCACAGGGGUGUGGAGUGUGGUUAUAAAUGGUGUUGAAAUUAGUUAACAUUAUAAAAUGGAGACAAUAUUCCAAUAUCUUAACAUCAGCUCUCAUUAUUAUCGUGAUGCAAGUACCGAUUUCCAUCAGCACAAGGCGUCUGUGAGCUGAUGUAUUGGAACCGAGUCGCUGCGAUUUCCUACGAGCACACUGUGAUGCUACUCAGCAAAGCUGCAUCAGCAGCAGUUUGAAAAGAGGCGGUGGCAGCAGCUGAUUGGGUUACUGACCACUAACCCUUUUGUAACUUAGUUUUUUUAACUGUUGUCUUGAUUGUUAAGCUCAGUGGUUUAGUCAUUUUAGCCUGGGCAGAGACUCCAGCACUUUUCUGAUUGAAUUUCCAUUUUCCACUUUAAUGCAACCUUCACACAUUUCUAUUAGGAGAAACGGCUGAGCAGAAUUGCAAAUUGUUGGUUGUCAGAUAUUGAAAAGCGCUGAUUUGAAUGAUACGGCUCUCAUUGCUUUAAAGCUCUCAGGUUGAGGAAUUGCUUUAUGAAUUAUGAAUUUUAUGCAAUGUGGAUGAGGCUUGCUUCUACAUGAUGACUGUUGGUAAUUUGAACUAGUGCUCUUGUCGGAGUGUUAUUUAUUAUCAGCCUUUCUGUAAUGUGUCAGGACUGGACAGUUUGAAAGCAGCCUGUGUAAUCACAGCUAGUGGCUCUCUCUAGUAUCCCUUUCUCACUCACCCUCCUCCUCCUCCUGCUCCUCCUUGUUCUCAUGCUGCUUCGCUUCCCCUCCCUCUCGCGCUUCUGAAAGAACAGAGAUACGCUACAACAGCGUGCAACAGUCAGCGCUAACUGAGAGCGCACACAGGUCCAUUUAUCUACUUCUUCAAGUCAACCAAAGUUAGAGGAGCGUUCCGUGAGAGGAAAACAAAGCUUCAUCAUUUUGUCAAAAGUUUGGAGCACAUUGCAGCUUUCUUCCAGUGUCCGUCUGUCCCAGUCCAUCCCAGCACAUCUCUGCGUAUCUCAGCGUUUCCCAGUGAGGGUGGAAAGGGAAAGGACUCGUUUAAUCUCUUCUUGUGAGGAAGGUACAGGUUUUCAGAAGCAAAAUACACUCCAGCAGGACUUCUGAAGGACUGAGCUCAGCAGAGAAAGAGAAAUAGGGGAAGCAAGAGACAGAGAACGAGAGAGAGAGGGAAAAAGAGAGAGAAGUGGUAAAAUGGGCGCACUAAUGGUCAUCUUCUCUCUCCAGCCGAAACAAAAGAGAAAAAGGAGAGACAGUGUUGAGGAUGAGCUGGAGCUGUCGGCUGUGCGUCACCGGCCCGAGGGCCUGGAGCAGCUGGAGGCUCAGACACGCUUCUCACGCAAAGAGCUGCAGAUCCUCUACCGUGGCUUCAAGAACGAGUGUCCAAGUGGCGUGGUCAAUGAAGACACGUUUAAGGACAUUUACUCUCAGUUCUUCCCACAAGGAGAUGCGUCCACAUAUGCACAUUUUCUCUUUAAUGCGUUCGACACAGACCACAACGGCUCCGUGAGUUUUGAAGAUUUUGUAAUGGGCCUAUCCAUUCUCCUCAGAGGCACCGUCCAGGAGAAGCUCAACUGGGCCUUUAACCUGUAUGAUAUUAAUAAAGAUGGAUAUAUAACAAAAGAGGAAAUGUUAGACAUCAUGAAAGCCAUCUAUGACAUGAUGGGAAAAUGCACAUAUCCUAUUCUCAAAGAGGAAACUCCAAGACAACAUGUGGAGAUAUUUUUCCAGAAAAUGGACAAGAAUAAAGAUGGAGUGGUCACCAUAGAUGAAUUUAUAGAUUGCUGCCAAAAUGAUGAGAACAUCAUGAGAUCGAUGCAGCUUUUUGAAAAUGUCAUUUAAUACCUGAAUGGACACAAAGUCUCUGGUGGCUGGCCAGCUCUGACCGGGACCCUCCAGCUCCACACGCCCUGAUCUCCUCAUUAAGACGAAUGCAUCCGAAUGAGAGUCACACAAUCCAUCCAUAAAACGCCAUUCUCUGGGACUCAAAUCCACUUCCUGUCAUAUUUAAUUAAAUAACGGUUUCCUCCUCCACGCUGUUAUUAGUAAAGGAUGCAGUACAAUGCACUCACCAUUUCUCAUCAAAUACGAGGGCAUGCUGGGAAGGAAUUCUAUUAAAGGGCCCAUAUUCUCCUUUUUUUUUUUUAGUUUUUUUUCUGUACUCUAUUGAUUUGACUUAUGACGUUUCUGUGGAUUUAUACAGCAAAAACAGCUGUAAUUCGUUUGUACGUGAGCUUUUUCUGACUACUCUUUACCCUGCAUAGACAUGCUGUUUUUGUUGUCCAGCCAAUAAGACUGAAGAUAUGUAAAUGUCCUCUGUUUUGAUUAGCUGCUUUGUAUUAUGCUCUGUGUGUUAGAAAAGGUUGAAACACUUAUCUCACAACAUCAAUGUGAGUGAGUAGAGCAAACCUGCUUUAGUUCUGUAGGAAAAGAAUGCAUAAAGUCACCAUCAGAGCGGUGAAACCUGUUUCUCCAAAAUAUGAUUUGCACUUGAUAUACAUUUAAAUGUAUUCAUGCAUUAAAUGAAGCAUUUCUAUUGAUCCAUUCAACAUAGAAUUGUUUAAUAAUAGCGUUGUCACAAAAAAAACAGAAGAGUGAGAUACAAGGUUUUUGUUUGACAGCUAUGAGAUAUAUAUGUAUAAAAACUUUUGGAUUUUGUGACAUCCGCACUAAGACCCUGUUUACACCUGAUUACUAUACGUGACUAGUAUUGUAUGCUGAUUAGAAUUUAACCACAAGGAUUUAAUUCAGUUUAAUUCAAAUGUAUUUAUGAAGUGCGUUUCACAGCAGAUGUUGUAACACAGCAGCUUUACAGAGAUACGGGUCCGAGCCUCUUAUGUGGUUGUGCUGUUCACACUAUAUGACUGAUCGGGAAACCACCUUGGGAAAUCACUGAUUCCUCUGGCAGUAUUUCAGAAACACGUUUCAUCACAAGAACACAGCAGAACUAAACACACAGGAGAACUAGUGAUGUCAAGCCAGGUAAUCUCUAGAGAGGAGAAUACCCACUUGAAGUGAGUCUAAAAUGAAUUUAUAUGGUUUAUAUGAAGCAACUGAACAAAAUCAGAGUUUAUUAUUUUAAAAUGUGUUCAGACUCUCCAUAAACAGCAUUGGUCAUGCAAAAGAUGUGUUUGGACCUGUGUUCCUCUCUUUCUGAGUGAUCCCAUUGGCUCGGCAUGACUCAGCGAGCGUUCUUCACUGAGCGAGCGCCGAGAGAUCCUCGAUUAA